UCAUCGUCUGGAUUCGACGUAUUCUUGAAUUUUAGAAGUCCAGAUACUCGCAAGGGAUUCACGGAUCACCUUUAUAGCAAGUUGGCAAAUGCACGGAUCAUGGUCUUCAAAGACGAUGAAAACCUCUAUGCCGGAGAAGAGAUCAAGCCGGAGCUAAAAGAGGCGAUACAGCAGUCGAGGAUCUCAAUAGCCGUCUUCUCCAAAGAUUAUGCUUCUAGUAAAAGUUGCCUCAUGGAGCUGGUAGAAAUGUGGGAGUGCAGAGAAUCAAAGGGACAGACUAUCAUCCCGAUUUUCUAUGAUGUUAGUCCCAUGGAUGUAAAACACCAGGCUGGGGAUUUUGAGAGGUCCUUCAAUCUACAUGAGUUGGACGGAGUCAACUCAAAUACCAUCAAAAAAUGGAAGCAGGUUCUUCGAAAGAUCGCGGGAUUAAGCGGAUUUGGACGGGAACUCAUAAAUGGGGGGCACGAGAGCCAGCUCGUCGAAAAAGUUGUUGCGCGUGUGCGGCAACUGUUGAAGAUGGAUGACCAACUUGUGACCGACAAACUAGUUGGAAUUGAUCAUCAUGUUGAUGAGAUGAUGAGAAAGCUUGGUGUUGCCUACAGCGAGGGACAAGUGGUCGGAAUACGAGGAGAAGAGGUACGCGUCGUCGGAAUAUGCGGUAUGCCGGGUGUCGGAAAGACUACACUUGCAAAGGUUGUCUUUAACAAGAUGCAUAAGUUGUUUGAUGCAUAUAGCUUCCUUGAAGGUGUUAGUCUGGAAGGAAUCCAGUUUGCACAACAAAUUUUGAUUGCUGACCUUCUAAAAAUAAGACCAAAACCGCUAAAAUCCAUCGAUGAAGGAAUUCAAAAUAUAGCAGAUCUAUUUAGUGAUAUGAAGGUUCUCAUUGUGCUCGAUGAUGUACGGGAGGAUGAACAAAUUAAAGCAUUAGCUGGGAAGCUUACUUGGUUUGGUCUGGGAAGUAGAAUCAUUGUGACGACAACGAAAAGAAAUGUUUUAAAUGCUUUCGAUGAUGGAGCAUCUGAUGUUCAGACAGUUGAGGAAUACAAGCUUGAGCCAAUGAGUGAUCACCAUGCCCUUCAACUCUUUCGUGAGCAUGCUUUUGCAGGGGAAGCUCCCGAAGGUGUCUCUGAGUAUGAUUCCUUGUCCAUAGACAUUGUCAAAGCUAUUGGAGGGCUUCCUUUGGAUGUUGCGCGUUAUGCUUCAUUUUUACGCAGCAAUAGGAAUAUACGUAUGUGGAAAACUACCUUGGAUUUAUUGCAAGAAAAACCCAGAAAAUAGGCAAUCUGCCUUUCUAGUCAGUUAUGCAUGAGGAUCAGAGCUUGAAAAUUCCAGUGAAGGCAAUCAACUCACAAGCCCAAUUCAAGAUUCAUCAGUUAACCAAAGCCCGUUUGCUAGUUGGGCAUGCAAAUGGAGUGGAUUUUUGCCCAUCCAAGGAGCAUAGCGUGAUCCAACAGGUUCAAUGAGGAGGAAGAAACCCUGAACUUUUGGAGUUUGAACGCAUUGCACAAAUCUUGAUGCGAUGCAAGGCCGGAGGUUUGAAUUGUAAGUUUUUCAUGUGUUUUUGAAUUUCGUAUGACUUUAAUGUUUCCUAGUUACCUCUAUAAAUAUGUGGCACAUUCUCCGUUGGAAGAAUUCGGAUUUGAGUUUGAUCAUGUAUGAAAUUUUUUACUCAAGUAAGUGAAUCCUUCAAUUUGGUUCUUUAUCCAAUUCUUUGGUGGCGAACCUUAUAAGUUCUUUAUCUUGAACGGUGAAAGACUUCUUUAUACUUUACUGUUGUACUCCAUCUAUCCCUAAG